UUGCUGUGGCUUAUAAUUUUCAUUUGUUCGGAAUUAAGAGUUGUAAUUGUGUUUUUAAAUUGGUAUUAUCCAUUUUUUAUAUUUCUUUGAUCCUUUGAGGAAGUCUGGCUUUGUUGGCAACUUUGAUCAUUUUACGCACUUACCAUUACACGUUUGGACGAUUUGUUGCUUGGAAAUCAACAAAAAGUUUUACAAAGCAAGAACAAUUUAAUUAAAUUAAAUUGUCUUUCUGAGGAGAAGCAAGAACAUAGACAAUGGCUCAUAAUCAGAUAGAUCACCAUAGUCAACACCAUCAGCAUCGCCAUUCCUCACAUCAUCACCAUCAUCACCAACGUGAUGCACACCUUCCAGAGGAACAGGAGGAUAAAAGUACUUCAGAUGCCAGCAGUGGUCGCCAUCACAUUCAUAAGCAUUAUAUCCAUCAUCACCCCCAAGCUGAUAGCCAUCCUCAUCAUCAUCAUUAUCCACAACAUCAGGAUAAACGUCACACACUGAAAAAGAAAACUCACUCUAAUGUUUCAGUCAGUUCCUCAAACUCUUCUGGGUCUUCCUCUAGUUCCUCGUCAAAGGCUUCAUCAAGCUCAUCCAGUUCUGAUUCCUCUUCCUCCUCCAAUUCCUCUUCAUCUUCUUCCUCCAAAUCACAUUCCUCCAAUUCUAGCUUUCCCUCUUCAUCUUCCUCUGGUUCAUGUUCUUCUUGGUCAUCUGAAAACAGUCUGGAAAAUGCCCCUUUGAAUACUGAGUCCAAGCGAGCUAUUCAGUGUUCAAAGAAGUCACAAUCAUGUAUGGAUAUCAGCAGAGGACAGAGAGCCUUUGAGGAUGAUGAGGAUGAUGCAGAUACAAUGCCUUUAUUGGAUGCUGAUGACCAACUGAAGGAGUCCACAAGCAUGGAAAAGAACCAGAUUGUCAAAGAAAAAAGUGGAAGAACUGCCAAGAAGACUGCACUGAAUUCUCAACAAAAGAAUGAAAAAGGCAAUAAGGUGCAACACAAUCAUGGUAAAGGGGCUGAAAACAUAAGAAAGACCAAGUCUAUGGAGGUUCUGUCAAGGCAAACAGAUUGUGCUGGUAUUGGAGACAUGGAGGGGCAGGGGAAAAAGAAGCAAGAGCCUCAUAAGAACUUUGUGAAGGAGAAGAUCAAGUUUUCUGCUUUUCUGAAUGAAAUCACAAGGCAGGUGCUUAGCCCAUCAAGACUUACAUCCCUUGGGGUAACAGAUGUUCAUAGGCCACUGAGCCCUUAUCAAACUUCAACAUCUCCAAAGACAUUGCCUCCAAAGCCUGAACAUAAAAGUGAAAAGGCAUCAAAAAUUACAAGAAGCCGGCCGGGAAGCAAUGCCAGCUCAAUAACAUCAACUGCUAAUUCCCAUCUCAGCAAAUACUCACACUCCAGUAAGCAUUCUCACUCAAGCAAGUGCUCCCAUUCCAGACGGCACUCACAUUCAAGCAAGACCUCCCGCUCCAACAAGCAUUCAAAUCCUGAAAGGGACCACACCUAUCAACAACAGCACCAGGCUGUUCCCAGGAAUAGAUGUGACAGUACAAAAAGUGAUACAAGCUGUACUAGUUCUUCUUCAAAAGGUCUUACAUCUGGGACUAAACAUGGCCACAAAAGUCAGAAAAAGCACCAAAUUGCCCCCAAAGAACAGCAUUUGAAUUCACUGAAUAAUCAAACUUCACACCACAAAUCAUCUCCAUCACACCACCAUUACAUCAAAGAUUAUCAUAGCCCACCUUCAUGUCCUUGUUCUCCAGAAUCAGAAAACUGCCAUCAUCAUGCCCAUCCAGACACCCAACACCAUCAUGCCCAUCCAGAAACCCAACAACAUCAUUCCAAUAGAGAAUCGCAACACCAUCAUGUCCAUCCAGAAACCCAACAACAUCAUUCCCAUAGAGAAUCGCAACACCAUCAUCCCCAUCCAGACACCCAACACCAUCAUGUCCAUCCAGAAUCCCAUCACCAUCAUGUCCAUCCAGAAACCCAACAACAUCUUGCCCAGCCAGAAUCCCAUCACCAUCAUUCCCAUCCAGAAACCCAACAACAUCAUGACCAUCCAGAAUCCCAUCACCAUCAUGCCCAAAGAGAAUCGCAACACCCCCAUCCAGAAUCCCAUCACAAUCAUGCCCAUACAGACUCCCAACACCAUCAUGCCCAAAGAGAAUCGCAACACCCCCAUCCCAAUCCAGAAUCCCAUCACAAUCAUGCCCAUGCAGACUCCCAACACCAUCAUGCCCAUAGAGAAUCGCAACACCAUCAUUCACCAUCACAGCACCAUCUUGGAACUAAUCGUAGACCAUCACCACACCACCACUCUCUUCAUUCAGAUUCCCACCACCGUUUACCUUCUCUACCAACUAACCAUCAAGGAUCUUACCACUGUCCAACACAUUCUUCUAAAUCAGGGCCUCACCAUCAUCCAGAAGCUCACUGCUAUCCUUCUCAUGUGGAAUCAAACCACCAUAAUCAUUCGCCUUCACCACCACAUCACCACCAUGGAAGUCACCACACCACAUCUUCACACCAUCAUUCCACGCAUUCAGAAACUUCCCACCAUCAUUCCCAUCCAAAAUCUCAUCACUAUGACUCGCCUCCUUCUCCUCCUCCUCUCCACCAUCACAGAGAACACCAUGGUAGUAUAUCUCAUCUUUCUACAGACUCAGAAACACACCAUCAGUUUGGUGUGAAAUCGCAAAAUCAUUAUUCUGAUUUUGAAUCCUCUCAUCCCAAGGUUCACCAUCGCCAUGAUCUUUCCCAUCCUUAUAAUUCCCCCAACCCUGAUCAACACCAUCACACUAUAGUUUCAGAACCAGAACACCAUAAUUUCCAUGAAAAUUCCCACUCUGAAACUCAACAAUACCCUCAUUCACGUGAUGCAUCCCCUACUCCUGAACACCAUUAUUAUUCUUCCCAUAUUUAUACUCACCAAAAUCCUCCUCAUUAUCAUUUGUCUGGCACUCAGCCAAAAAUCCCUGUACACUCUAAUUCACCCCAUCUUAUUGAAAAUCAUUUCAACUUACAUUCAGAGUCCACAAAUCACGGUACAUCACAUUAUAAAGCACACCUUUCAAAUUUGGACUUCCACCAUCAAAGUGAUCAUAAUUCUCCGGAACCUCACCCUCACCAUUUCCACUCAGGAAGUCAUGAUAACCCCCCUGUUGAAUCAGAUCAUUACCAUCACCACAAAUCCCACCAUUAUUCCCAUUCAAAUGCCCAUCACCAAUCCAGUCCAGAGACCAACCAUUCUCCACAUCAUGGGCAUUCAAAAUCUCAACAUCAUUCCCAUCCAGAGUCCCACCAUCAUCAUUCCAAAGAUCACCAUCAUCACCAUGACCAUCCGGACUCACAGAUUCAGCAUUCCCAUACAGGACACCACCUCUUUCAUUCAGAAUCAAACCCCUAUCAUUCCCACUUCAAAGAGGAUCAUCACAAUGAUGAUCACCCAAGCCAUCUUCGCCACUCUCCAGUGGGCCAGCGGUCUACUUCUCCAAUUUCUAACAAGUCAGAUUCAUCUGCAAGCUCCACUGUCCAGUACGAUCAAUCCUCAGUGAGCUACCAAGAGUCAUCCUCCUUCCCAAAGGAAAAGGAUUCAUUGGAAAGGUUAAUGAUGUUACAGGAGCAGAAUGAGGCUCUCCACCACAGCUUGCUGCAGACCACAACACAAAUUAAAUGCAUGGGAGCUGAGUUCAAAACUGGACACCAGCUCCUUGAAUCUGAGUUACAAAGAACUCGCACUGAGCUUAGCAGCUUAAUGGAGCAAUUCACAAGACUUCAGGACAACUACUCCUGCACACAACAAACCAGCCACCUUCUGGAGAAUAAACUGCAUUGUGUGUCUCAAAGUAUGGAUGGAGAGCGGGAGCGACUGAACGAGCGAAUCUCAGAGCUCACAGAACAUCUGUCUGCAGCCAAGACCACCAUCCAGACUCUAGAGACCAUUAAUGUCACAUCAAUGCUACAGGAUGCCCUGGAGAAACAUCUGAAGUCUGAUGAUCCCAUAACACAUCCACUUCCAGCCGCAGCUCCUCCAUCUCCCUUCAUGAACAGUGACCUUUAUGAGAAAGUCUCUGAUGACCAGUCGCUGGGAACCCUCCCGGAGGAGGAGGAAUCUGACUGGUCAGAAAUGGGGGAGGAGGCACAACACUUCAGUCAUGCAGAUGCAGUGUAUUUCCAGUGGCAGCAGAGGCAAGGCGGCUGGGGAAUGGUGGACACGGAGAGCGAGUCCGGGGGUGAGGAAAGCAAACCUCAUCACGGCCUACAGAUACCGCAUCUCAAGUUCACCGUCCAUCCCGAAACCCUGCCGGUUCCCAUCGAGGAUGCCAGCCUGGCCCGCUUCAAGCAGAGUCCCGAAGGUUACCGGAUCACAGAGGUGCGUGACCUGGGCUCCUCCAUCCGCAUGCUCUCCGUCAGCCUGGAGGACAUCCACUCCACCGGACAUCUGAAGCAGCAGCAGGAUCAUCUCGUCCAGCUGAGGAGCAAUACAUCCAUGAUGGACCUGCACCUGUCACAGUCUGACUCGUACGCAGACCAGAUCACGUGUGACUGGAGAGGAGCGAACAGAGAGGACAGAAGCGGGAUGCUUGGGCUGGAGUCUGCUCAGAAAAUGCUCAACCACUUUAUUCAUGAAGGGGAGAGUACACACCUGUGAUUAACACCUGGGACGUGCUAGAACGGGGAUUACUCAUUAUAUAUUGAUUAAUAGGCCAAAUGCCUAUUUAGGCAUAGUUUUACUCUACUCUCUCUCUCUCUCUCUCUCUCUAUAAAAGUAUUAUAUUUAAUGUAGCUAUUUACUGCUGGUUGAUGUUUGUUAGGAAAAAUUAGAUUUGAAAAAGAAUUAUUAGCAAUGGGAUGUCAAAAUAAAAAGUCUGUAAAAUGGACUGUCAGUGCUGUUUCAUUAAAGUCGGUUGUGUUUAGUUUGCGAUCACAGUGACAGAUAUAUGUCUCUCAGGACACAAGAUGAUCUCACAGUGUUUUCCCGAUUCUACAUGUAGCUUUUGGGUUUGGUAUAAAGACAAAACACUGCUAUUUUCCUUAAAUAAUGUACAAAAGCUACUAAAACCUGCUCAUUAGAUAUUUAUUUAAUACACAUUUUAAUUCUAAUGCUUUAGGGGCACAUGCUAAUGUGUUUGUAAUUCUUCUAAUACUCUUACUUCUUCUUUUUACUCUUUACAAUAUUUCUUUAAUAGCUUUAUCUGUGUAUAAGAACCAUGGCAGCACCAAGAAGAAUAAAUAUGUAA